UUCCACCAUGACCACGGCCGGUGUUUUUGUGCUCCUCUCCAUUGCGCUUUGCUGCUUCCCAGAUGCUGCCUUUGGGGUUGAGGUGGACUGCAGUGCGUAUUCCAACACCACAAGUGAGGAAGGCAAAGAGGUGUUGUCCUGCACCAAGAUCCUCAGCCCCAUCUGCGGUACUGAUGGAGUCACCUACAGCAACGAGUGCCUGCUCUGUGCCUACAACAUAGAAUAUGGAACCAAUAUCAGCAAAGACCAUGAUGGAGAAUGCAAGGAAGUUGUCUCCGUGGACUGCAGUAGAUAUCCCAACACGACAAACGAGGAAGGCAAAGCGGUGUUGCUCUGCAACAAAGACCUCAGCCCCGUCUGUGGUACCGAUGGGGUCACCUACGACAACGAGUGCUUGCUAUGUGCCCAUAACCUAGAGCCUGGAACCAGUGUUGGCAAGAAGUAUGACGGUGCAUGUAAGAAGGAAAUUGCUACAGUUGACUGCAGUGACUACCCUAAACCUGUCUGCACGCUUGAGUACCUGCCUCUCUGUGGCUCUGACAGCAAAACAUACAGCAAUAAGUGUGACUUCUGCAAUGCAGUCGUGGACAGCAAUGGGACUCUCACUUUAAGCCAUUUUGGAAAAUGCUGAGUAUCAGUGCUGAGAGAAUUCACCACAGGAUCCCCACUGGCAAAACCCAGCCAAAGAUCUCACCUCAGUUCAUCUCGCCCUCUGGAGAACUCAGCUCACUCCUGAUUUUCUUUCUCAAUAAACUAAAUCAGCAACA